AUGCCCGCAGGCAGCACCGAGCCCGACGGGGUCCUCAGAUACCAGAGGCAGGACGAGGAGGCAGUGAUCGACCAGGGGAGGACCAGCAACGUCGUCAACAUCCACUAUGAGAAGGAGGAGCUGGAAGGCCACCGGACCCUAUACGUGGGGGUGCGGAUGCCACUGGUGCGCCAGAGCCACCGGCACCACCGGCCCCAUAGCCGCAAGGACCGGAGACGGGAACGGGAGAAGGAUUCGGCCCCCGCACCGAAUGGGGCUUUGCUCCUGCCCCCAGACACCCCCUCCCAGCGGGUGCAGUUCAUCCUGGGCACCGAGGAGGACGAGCAGCAUGUUCCCCAUGACCUGUUCACGGAGCUGGAUGAGAUCUGCCUCAAGGAGGGUGAAGAUGCUGAGUGGAAGGAGACGGCGAGGUGGUUGAAGUUCGAGGAGGACGUGGAGGACGGCGGCGAGCGUUGGAGCAAACCCUACGUGGCCACCCUGUCCCUGCACAGCCUCUUCGAGCUGCGGAGCUGCCUCCUCAAUGGGAUGCUGCUGCUGGAUGUCAGCGCCGGCAGCAUGGAGGAGAUCGCAGACCUGGUGCUGUGCCAUCCGGAUCGGUGCUGGGCGCUGGAGGAGCGCACCCGGGUGCGGGUACGUGAGGUCCUCCUGCGCAAGCACCGGCACCAGCACGAGCGCCGCCGGAACCUCCUGCCCCUGGUCCGCUCCCUGGAGAAGCCAGGUCUGUGUUCCCAUUGGAUCCACUAUGGGAUCAGGAUUGGGUCACAUUUGGGCCCACAUCCAUCCCCCAGCACCACAGAGGCCAGGAAUGGGGUGACCCCCGAGGCCAGCACCGUGGACCUGAGCAAGGCUGAGCUGCACUUCCUGAAGAAGAUUCCCAUUGGAGCUGAAGCUUCCAAUGUGCUGGUGGGGGAGCUGGAAUUCCUGCCCCAGCCCAUUGUGGCCUUCAUCCGUCUCACACCCGCUGUCCUCCUCUCGGGAAUGACGGAAGUCCCCAUCCCAACCAGGUUCCUGUUUGUCCUGCUUGGACCGGGAGGAAAAGCCCAUCGGUACCAUGAGAUCGGCAGGUCCAUGGCCACCAUCAUGACGGAUGAGGUUUUCCAUGACGUUGCCUACAAGGCCAAGGACCGCGCUGACCUCGUGGCCGGUAUCGAUGAGUUCCUGGACCAGGUCACGGUGCUGCCACCGGGAGAGUGGGACCCAUCGAUCCGCAUUGAGCCCCCCAAAAGUGUCCCCUCGCAGGAGAAGAGGAAGAUGCCUGGAGCGCUGGAGGAUAGUGCAUCCCACAGCAAACCGGAGAAGCACAGUGGUCCUGAGCUGGAGCGGACGGGAAGGCUCUUCGGAGGCUUGAUCCUGGAUGUGAAGCGGAAAGCCCCAUGGUUCUGGAGCGACUUCAGGGAUGGAGUGAGCCUUCAGUGCCUCGCGUCCUUCCUCUUCCUCUACUGUGCCUGCAUGUCCCCUGUCAUCACCUUCGGGGGGCUGCUGGGGGAAGCCACCCGAGGCCACAUAAGUGCUAUGGAGUCGCUGUUGGGAGCAUCCAUGACCGGUGUCGUGUAUUCCCUGUUUGCUGGACAACCUCUGACCAUCCUGGGCAGCACUGGCCCCGUCCUGGUCUUUGAGAAGAUCCUAUACAAGUUCUGCAGGGAACAUGCACUCUCGUACCUGUCCCUGCGAGCCUGCAUCGGGCUCUGGACCUCCUUCUUCUGCGUGGUGCUGGUGGCCACGGACGCCAGCUCCCUGGUGUGCUACAUCACCCGCUUCACCGAGGAAGCCUUCGCCUCCCUCAUCUGCAUCAUCUUCAUCUAUGAGGCGCUGGAGAAGCUGAAUCACCUGCGAGAGACCUUCCCGGUGCACAUGCACAGCGAGCUCGACCUCCUCACCAUCUACUACUGUAAGUGUGAGCCCCCAGCCCAUCCCAGCAAUGAAACCCGGAGCUUCUGGGCCACCAACAGGAUCAAUGUGUCCAGCAUCACCUGGGAGAACCUCACGGUGUCCGAAUGUCGCUCUGUGCACGGAGAGUUUCGAGGACCUGCAUGUGGCCACAAUGGUCCCUACGCUCCCAACGUCCUCUUCUGGUGCUUCAUCCUCUUCUUCUCCACCUUUGUCCUGUCCAGCCUGCUGAAGACGUUUAAAACCAGCCGUUACUUCCCAACCAGAGUCCGCUCCACUGUAAGUGACUUCGCUGUCUUCCUCGCCAUCUUCAUCAUGGUGCUCAUUGACUUCAUGGUUGGGAUCCCAUCACCGAAGCUCCAUGUCCCCCACGUGUUCAAGCCCACCAGAGAUGACCGCGGGUGGCUCAUCAGCCCCAUAGGACCCAACCCGUGGUGGACGGUGCUGGCUGCGCUCAUCCCAGCUCUGCUCUGCACCAUCCUGAUCUUCAUGGACCAGCAGAUCACUGCUGUCAUUGUCAACAGGAAGGAGCACAGGCUGAAGAAAGGCUGCGGGUACCACCUGGACCUCUUCAUGGUGGCCGUGAUGCUGGGGGUGUGCUCCGUGAUGGGGCUGCCCUGGUUUGUGGCUGCCACCGUCCUGUCCAUCACCCACGUGAACAGCCUCAAGGUGGAAUCCGACUGCUCAGCACCGGGAGAGCAGCCCAAGUUCCUGGGCAUCCGGGAGCAGAGGGUCACGGGGCUGAUGAUCUUCGUGCUCAUGGGCUGCUCCGUCUUCCUCACCUCUGCAUUGAAGUUCAUCCCAAUGCCUGUGCUUUAUGGUGUCUUCCUCUACAUGGGGGUGUCCUCGCUCCGAGGGAUCCAGUUCUUCGACCGCCUGAAGCUGUUCUGGAUGCCGGCAAAGCACCAGCCGGAUCUCAUCUACCUGCGGCACGUUCCCUUGCGGAAGGUGCAUUCCUUCACCUUGAUCCAGCUCCUCUGCCUGGUGCUGCUCUGGGCCAUCAAGGCAUCCCCUGCUGCCAUCGUCUUCCCAAUGAUGGUCCUGGCGCUCGUGUUCGUCCGGAAGGUGAUGGAAUUGUGCUUCUCCAAGCGGGAGCUCAGCUUCCUGGAUGACCUCGUGCCGGAGAGCAGGAAGAAGAGGUUGGAUGAUGCCAAAAACGAAGCCAAAGAACAGGAGGAAUCCCGUAAGAUGAUGGAAGCUGCGGCUGCGAGUUCGGUUCAGCUGCGGCUGCUGGGCAAGAGCAGCCAGUCGGGUGCCCCAAAGGCAAACGGUGACAGCAGCUCUCCUAGGGCUGACCCUUCUGAGAUCAACAUCUCGGAUGAGAUGCCCAAGACGGCUGUAUGGAAAGCGCUCAGCAUGGAGCCGGACACGCUCUGAGCACCGGAUGGGACCAGGAGCCUGGAUUUGGAUGGGAGGAGGAUGCGCUCAGGGAUGUGCCA